GCAAACCAAAUAUUAAUAUAUAACAAAGUUCAUUACAAUGAAUUUAAACUUGGUAUUUAUUAUCGGUUGUUUAAUAUGCGGGACAUUAGUGUCAGCUCAGGGCAGUAGUGAAAUUACGCGAUUGCUCGGAAAUCAACAGAUCGUUGGAAAACAAAUAAUGUGUGUAUUAGAUAAAGGCCCAUGUGAUCAACUUGGAAAUCAAUUGAAAGCUGCAUUACCAGAAGUUUUAACACGAAAUUGCCGAAGUUGCAACCCUCAGCAAGCCGCCAAUGCUCAAAAAUUGAUUAGAUUUUUGCAGGCUCAUUAUCCAGAAGUUUGGUCUAUAUUAACCAAAAAAUACAAGAGCUAAUUAAGAUGUCGACAAACUACUUUAUUGAAGCUUAUUUAUAAGAGAAAAAUACCAUUAUUGGACAAUAAAUA